AUGCUGGGAUUGAAGAGAAACGCGGUCAUCGGACUGAACCUGUACUGUGGGGGUGCCGGCUUGGUGGCCGGCCCCAGCGGCGGCGCGCCUACCGGAGGGCGACUUUCGGCGCCGGGCCGGCGGGAAGGAGGGGGAAGGGAAGCCGCCGCCAGCAGGAAGGCGCUGGAGACCCUCCGGCGGGUCGGCGACGGGGUGCAGCGCAACCACGAGACGGCCUUCCAGGGUAUGCUUCGCAAACUGGACAUCAAAAACGAAGAUGAUGUCAAAUCUUUCUCUCGAGUCAUGGUCCAUGUUUUCAAUGACGGAGUAACAAACUGGGGCAGAAUUGUGACUCUCAUAUCUUUUGGUGCCUUUGUGGCUAAACAUUUAAGAAGUAUAAACCAAGAAAGCUGCAUCGAACCAUUAGCAGAAAGUAUCACAGAUAUUCUCGUAAGGACAAAACGGGACUGGUUAGUCAAACAAAGAGGCUGGGAUGGGUUUGUGGAGUUCUUCCAUGUAGAGGACCUAGAAGGCGGCAUCAGAAAUGUGCUGCUGGCUUUUGCAGGUGUUGCUGGAGUUGGAGCUGGUUUGGCAUAUCUAAUUAGAUAG